GUUCAAGUUGGAUCAAACCCACAAAUUAUAUUAGAAAUGUUAAAUUUCUAAUUGUUGAUUGCCACUCUCAUGAUGGAUUUACAGUGCCUCUUUUGCAGUUGACAUAUAAUCCUAACCAUCAUGAGAGUGACAAUCUUUGUACUGGCAUAACUUCAUAUCCAUUAAUUGAGAAGAAUGGAGAUCAGGUUGAAGAGAAUGGCCUUUAG